UGGACCAGGCGGACCCGGAACUUCCGGCGCGCCAGGAGGUACUUCCGGGAGCCUUCGCGUUAGCGGCGUCGGGAUGUUGUUUUGGCUCUGACAGAGUGAACAAAUCUGUUACAGAUAUGUUGAUAUCACGACUGACUUCUCAAUUAGCAAAGGCUAUGCGAUUUACAGGACACUUUUUGCCAAGGCCAGUGUCUUCUGUUCUGUGCUCUGGUCCUGCGUCUGCAAACUACAGCACCCAGCCCUCUCAUAACAAUGGAGGCCAGCCUCACCGUUGGCAUGCACUGGACCCCGAACUGGAAGAAAUGUUGGUCCCUAGAAAAAUGUCUAUCAGUCCUUUAGAAAGCUGGCUGACAGUUAGAUACUCCUUCCCUAAAGUGGAGGUCAUCAAUGUUCAUAAAAAGAUAGGCUAUGAACCGACUCAGCAAUAUGACUGCCCCACAUCUGAAGUGGAGGCUGAUGUGGAGGAAGAGGGAGGAGACCUCAGUGGUAACAAGGUCGAGUGUAGAAACGUGUUGAAGAUUCGCAGGCGGAAGAUGAACCAGCACAAGUACAAGAAGCUGCGAAAGCGAAGAAAGGUUUUGUGGAGGGCAGUACUGGAAAAUCGGAAAAAGAAACGUCAGAUAAAGUUUGAACAAGCUUUGACUCACAUCUGGAAAAGAGCCGGUUUGAAAAAACCUCCUGAGGAGUGGCAGACACCCAAGUUAUUUAUGAGAAAAUCUAAGUGAUUGCAAUGCUUGUAAUGUGUGUUGACAUUUCAUUUUAAUUAAAGGUUAUUUAAAA